AUGGCAGAAGGAAAUUCUGACACUGAAUCAGCAACCAAAAAUGAUAAUAAAUCGGUUUCAUUUAUUCAAUUAUUUCGAUAUGCAUCAACUACGGAUAAAAUAAUGAUGUUUUUUGGUUCAAUUGGUGCUUUAGUAAGUGGAGUUGGUGCACCAUUAAUGGCUAUAUUGAUGUCCGCUGCUAUUCAAGCUUUUCUUGAUUUUUCUAUCGCUGUGUCAAGGGGAGAAGACGUUGAUGUCGCUGCAGAUGCAUUAAAAAAUAGCAUUAAAACCCCAGUUAUAUUACUCGUUGCUGUGGCUGCUGCAAUAUUCAUACUUUCUUCCAUGCAAAUGGGUUUUUGGAUGAUCGCUGGUGAAAACCAAGCAAAGAGAGUUCGUCAGAUAUAUUAUGAAGCAAUUCUUCGUCAAAAUAUCGCAUACUUCGACAAAAUUUCAACAGGAGAUAUUGCCAAUCGUAUUACGUCAGAUUCAGAUUUAUAUCAAGAAGGUAUCUCUGAAAAAGUUGGUUUAAUCAUUCAAUAUAUUGCCACUUUUAUUGCUGGUUUUGUCAUCGCUUUCACAAAAGAAUGGUUACUGGCACUUGUUCUUUGUUGUGCUUUCCCUUUACUUGCCGGUUCUUCUAGUAUUAUGGCAAAAUUGCUUGCCAGUUCAGCCAAAAAAGGACAAGAUGUUUACGCAGAAGCUGGAGCAGUAGCUGAACAAGUCUUUUCUGGAAUAAAAACAGUAACAGCGUUUGGAGGACAACAACGUGAAAUAAAUCGAUACGCUGAAAAGCUUGAAAAAGCUUUUGCGAUUGGAAAAAAGAAAGCUUUAAUCAACGGUUUAGCAAUUGGAUCUAUUAUAUUUAUCAUAUAUUGUACUUAUUCUCUCGCUUUUUGGUACGGAAGUAUUUUGAUCGUCCAAGGAAAAACUACUGGCGGAGAUGUUUUGAAUGUUUUCUUCGCCAUUCUUAUCGGUGCUUUCUCCGUCGGUAAUGCUGCUCCAAAUUUUUCGUCAAUUAGUAAUGCGCGAGGGGCCGCGAGUAAUUUAUUUUCUGUGAUUGAUCGUAUACCUCCUAUUAAUUCAAGCUCACCUGAUGGUAAAAAACUUGAUGAAUCCACGACAAAAGGACGUCUCGAAUUUAAAAACAUUAAAUUUAAUUAUCCAGCUCGUCCGGAUAUACAAAUUCUUAAAAACUUUAAUCUUACAAUUGAACCUGGUGAAACUGUUGCUCUUGUUGGUACAUCCGGAAGUGGAAAAUCCACAAUUGUCGGUUUAUUAGAACGUUUUUAUGAUCCGAUUGAAGGUCAAAUUUUAUUAGAUGGAGAAGAUAUAAAAAACAUAAAUGUCAAAUCAUUACGAUCACAAAUUGGACUUGUUGGUCAAGAACCUGUACUUUUCCCUACAAGUGUACGACAAAAUAUUGCUUGGGGUGCUAAAAUGGAUAUGCCUGAACCUUCUUUGGAAGAAAUUAUCGAAGCUUGUAAAAAAGCAAAUGCGACAGAUUUUAUUAAUGAAUUACCUCAAAAAUAUGAUACUGAUGUGGGUGAAAAGGGAUCUCUUAUGUCUGGUGGUCAAAAACAAAGAAUUGCUAUUGCACGUGCAUUGAUUAAGAAUCCCAAAAUCUUAUUACUUGACGAAGCAACUUCAGCUCUUGACACUGAAUCAGAACGUCUUGUACAAGAUGCUCUUGAUACCGCAUCAACAGGCCGUACAACAAUUGUCAUAGCUCAUCGACUUUCCACCAUCAAAAAUGCAGAUAAAAUCGUUGUAAUGUCACAUGGUAAUAUUCUCGAAGUAGGUCGCCAUGAUGAACUUAUCGCUUCUAAAGGAGUUUACUUUGGUCUUGUCCAAGCUCAAGAACUUAAAACUAAAAAUGAAGAGUCUCUCGACGAAGACGAUGCUCAGAGUGAAGACGAUACAGUAAUUACUUUUGAUGAAAAGAAACACAGAAAUUACUUGAGACGUAUGGAAACCAAGGCUUCAACUGUCAAAUCAAUUAAAGAAAUUGAAGAAGAAAUGGAAAAGUUAUCGAACCAACCUGCUCCAAUUGCAAGAGUUUUGAAAUUACAAAAACCUGAAAGUUUGUACUUGAUACUUGCCUCUAUUGGAGCCAUUAUUAAUGGAGCUGUCACGCCUUUGUUUUCUUUGGUAUUCUCUACUCUAUUGAGCACUUUCUCCAAUGUUGAUAACCCUAGUAAAUUACGUCAUGACGCAAACUUUUGGGCAGGAAUGUUUCUUGUUAUUGCUGUAGUUUCGUUUAUAGCAAAUAUUUUGCAACAUUAUUUCUUUAUUUUGAGUGGUGAAAAACUUACAAGAAGGAUUCGUACUAUGGUAUUUGCUCAUCUUUUAAAACAAGAAGCUGGAUUCUUUGACGAAGAUGAAAACAAUACUGGAGCUCUGACAUCACAAUUGUCAACAGACGCAACUAAAGUUGAAGGUUUAACUGGUGCACUUAUGGGCAAUAUUAUUCAUUCAGCUACUAACGUAGUUGUUGGUUUGGUAAUCGCUUUCAUAUUUGGCUGGAAAUUGACUUUAGUAAUUGCGGCAGCAACUCCUUGUCUCUUUUUUUCCGGUUAUCUACAAAUGAAAACUCUCUCUGGACUCGGUAAUAAAACUCGUAAAGCAUAUGAAGAAAGUGGUCAAAUUGUACAACAAUCGGUCGCAAAUAUGCGUACAAUCGCAGCUUUGACUCGUGAAAACACGUUCAAAGAACUAUAUCAUGAAUCUAUCAGACUCCCUCACCGUAUUGCCAUUAAUGGAAGUGCAGUAUCGGCUUUUGGUUUUGGACUCUCUCAGUGUCUUUUAUUCUUGGUAUACGCUCUCGCUUUUUGGUAUGGAGGUCAAUUAGUAGCAAAACAAGAAUAUACACAACCACAAAUGAUGAAAGUACUUUUUGCAGUUAUCUUCUGUGUUAUGGCCGCCGGACAAACAAGUACCUUUGCUCCUGAUUCUGCAAAAGCUAAGAAUUCAGCAAUAUCAAUCUUCAAGAUACUUGAUCGUGAAUCCAAAAUUGAUCCAACCGAUAACGAAGGAAAAGACAGACCUACUCCAGUUACUGGAUCUGGUGCAAUACAUAACGCCCACUUUAAUUACCCUGCUCGUCCAAAUUUAAGAAUUCUUCGUGGCUUAGACCUUGAAAUUGAACCCGGCAAAACGAUUGCUUUAGUUGGUGGAUCAGGAUCCGGAAAAUCCACUGUUGUAUCAUUAUUUCUUCGUUAUUAUGACGUUCUUUCUGGUGCAGUUAAUCUUGAAAAAGUUAAUGUUAUGGAUUGGAAUUUAGAAUACUUAAGAUCAAACAUGGCUAUUGUUGGCCAAGAACCUGUAUUGUUUGACUUGACAAUAGGUGAAAAUAUUGCUUAUGGUAAAGAAGAAUGUACGCAAGAAGAAAUUGAAGCAGCAGCAAAAGAUGCAAAUAUACAUAAUUUCAUUGUUAGUUUGCCAAAGGGUUAUGAUACACCUGUUGGUGAACGAGGUACUCAGCUUAGUGGUGGUCAAAAACAACGUAUUGCAAUAGCACGUGCAUUAAUUCGUCAUCCGAAACUUUUACUUCUUGACGAGGCAACGUCUGCCUUAGAUUCUGAAUCAGAAAAGGUUGUACAAGAUGCCUUAGACAAUGCAGCAAAGGGACGAACAACAAUUACAAUAGCUCACCGUUUAUCAACGAUUCAAAAUGCUGAUUUAAUAUGUGUUGUUAAGAAGGGUAAAAUUGUUGAACAAGGCCAACAUUUCGAUUUAAUAGCACAAAGAGGAUAUUAUUAUGAAUUAGUUAAUGAACAAAUGUUAACAAGCAAAAAUUAA